AUGGACGAAUUAAACAGCCGUCCAUUUCCUCCUGUACCGAACUCCACUGAUGUUCCACGACGCGAUCUUAAUAACGGAUGGUUGGAAUAUGAAACGGAGGCGGGCAGAACAUAUUUUUACAACUUCGAGACAGGGAAAAGCCAGUGGAUUCCUCCACGAUUUAUCCGGACUCCGGCUCAGGUUCAAGCGCUUUUACAAGCUACACGUAAUGAUGUUGAUGAGAAGUGUUCUGCAACGUCUGCAAAAUGUGAAAAUUCACAUCAUUCAGUGGAAGACGGUUUUUCACAGAAUAUUUCGUCUUCAACGCGAGUGGCAACAUGUGAUGAGGCACUAACGGGAGCGGCGGUUUUUUCGGAAAGGAAAUACAGUUAUGAACAGAUCAAAUCGAGAAGACGGGACUGGAUGGUAAACUUUAUGUACUUGACGUCGGCGCAUUUGAUAUUGUAUAAGGAUGAGAAAAGCGCUGAAUGUUAUGUUCUGGCAAUUUUUUUCCAGAAGCAUGGCAACCAUUAUGCGGCUCCUAAAGGUGUGUGCGACCUGAAAGGUGCUAGCGUCAGUUGGCUCGUCAUGGAGAAGGAAAAGCGGAAAAGGAAAGUAAUACAGGUAUACAAUCGACGUCAUGCCCAAACACCAUCACGCGCUGAUUCAAUGGCCCAUUCUUCAAUUGAAUACACGGGCAGCUCAAUAGUGACACCCGCAGUGACAAAUUUCGUAGCCGAAGAGCCGCGACCGUCACGAGAGUCUAUUUUAGAAAAGCUCAUUCGAUUCUUUCGAAAUCGACCAAGCGUUGAGUCACUCAAGGAGAAAGGAAUUUAUAAACUUUUUUCUUUCUCAUCGUCAUUGUAUAUCUUCCGUUUUCGAGGCUCUGUCCUUUUAUUUUCAGAUGAACCAGUUUUUGGCAGCACAUUAUCAGCUAUUUGUCAGUUGGAAAACAGCUUAGUGCCGAAGUUUAUUCGGACUGUUACGGAGUUAAUUGAAAGCAGAGGAUUAGAAAUCGAUGGGCUCUAUCGAGUGAGCGGAAACCUAUCUGCCGUGCAGAAGAUUCGGUGUCAAGUGGAUCAGGACAAAUACGCUGCUUUGGUUUCCGAAGAGGAUGUGCACGUUCUAACAGGCGCAUUGAAGCUGUUUUUUCGUGAAUUGGCCGAACCAGUUUUUCCACCAUCGUUAACAAAAGAUUAUCUGAAUGCAAUCAAAAUACAAAAUCCAAAACAACGUUUCAAGCGAUUUGAUGAACUUCUACGAAUGCUACCGCCUGAAAACAGGGAGACGCUGAAAAUGUUGCUACGACAUUUGUUGAGGGUUGCCUCACACUCAGACAAAAAUCGUAUGCAGAUACACAAUCUUGCUAUAAUGUUCGGUCCGACAUUAUUCAGUAAUGGAGAGGAGAAAAGACCAAUGAAGAAAAAGGAUGGAAGUAAGAAGAAAAAAGAUCAAAAGAAGGAGGAAAUUCCAACCGUUCAGUCGAAUUCCCACUUGGCAUUCAAUAUGAUUAUGCAGGGACAGAUUGUCGAGUACCUUCUCAUAGAGCAUAACAAAUUUGAGGCUUUGCAGGGUCCUGUGCAAACUCAUCCUCAUUAA